AAGCCGGAGGAGGAGAGAUUCAGGCGGCCGCCAUGGAUCCAGCAGGAGCAUCGGUGGCCAGCGAUAACGGAGGAGAAGGAGAGAAGUUCGCGGUGGGGAAUAUUUAUUCAGUCAAGGUGAUCACCGGAGAUGAGUUCCGAGGGAUCGUCAUGGCUUACGACCCUAUUCCUAACUUCGUCUUUUUUGAAGAGGGAUCGAAACCUAGACCGGGGCAUAUGAAGAACACACGGAUGGUGAAUGCGAGUUUUAUUACAGGGCUUUCGUAUUUAGGGAAAGCUGAAGAUCCGCUUGAUGCAGACAAGUGUUCUGUUGAUCUUCAUGGUCUCCGAGCUAAAGAGGCACUUGCUAUAAGGCAAGCGGAAGCAGAUGCUGAGAGGAUGGGAGUUGGUGUUACCGCAGAGGCCCAGAGCAUCUUCGACGCGUUGUCUAAGACGCUUCCUGUGCAAUGGGAAAACACAGACAUUCUGGUGAUGAAAGAAGUACGCGUUCGUAGCCCGUAUUAUUCAGAUUGUGUGUUUGGAGGAACUGAUGCUGCCAACAACCGAGUCAAGAAAGUGCUUGAUCUGGAGAGACGAAGGUUACAACUCGGCACAUGAGGCCAGUAAAAGGUGUCGGUCAGUGAAAUAGCCAAAAAGGGUUUGGUGCUACUAACCCGAAAAGCGUCUAGAUCUGAUCGACCAGCGAAAAAGUGGACAAUGUUUGCUUUUCGCUUGUUGUUGUUUUACUUAGAACCUGCUUGUACUUAUAAGCAGAUUAGAGAUUUCUUUAUUGACAAGAACAGUGAGGUCUUGUCCACUUUUCACCAAGUCGUGGUUAAUUUAUCGCAUGAACUGUAAACUAUUUAUAAAAUAUUGAACUCAGAAUCAACUUUUUAUCGAUUUCUUCGA